AUGUACUCGCCACAAUGUGGAUCAUCGUCUUUCAAUGGUGAUUAUAUGGACGGAUUCUACCGUCCAGAUGAGGAACCUGAUAAAAUUUUCCGGGUGUUCCAACAUGGGUACUCAAGUGAUGAGGAGGAAAGAGAAGAAAUUUACGAGAACUUGCGGACACUUUAUGGCACACAACCUUCUAACCGAAGAGAAAUGUCAAAGCCUCCCGAGGGGAGUAGACCUGCGUCACCAAUGAACAUUCGCGAACCUACGCCCAUGUCUGAUGAUGAGUUUUUGAAAAUCAUUGAAUAUGCUGAAAAAUCAUCAUCAAAAUCAAUCGAAUCAUCUACGCAGUCUACAAUUUCAAGAUCUGAAAUUUGUUCACCUGAGUCAAAUUUGGAGAAUAUUCCAUGGGAACCAACCGACAAUCCUCCUAGAACACUGGAUCCCAUACCAGAGAAACCUCCUUUCAACUAUGAAGCACCAAAACCUGGUAAUGGAAUGUUCACACCUACAAUGCACUCCCCACUCCCACCUUCCCAUACUAACCAGCCCGCCACCGACUGCUACAAUAACUAUCACAAUGCACCUGCCUCUUCUACAUAUUCAUGGGACGGCUAUGACCAGUUUCAGAACCAGAACUCCUUUCAGUUUACCGCCGCAUUCGGCGCCGCGCCUUCUUAUCCAACUUCGAGAACUAAAUCCCGAUACACUCACCUUAGAGGAAACGAAAAAAGGAGAUCUUCUACAGCGAUAGAAUUGAAUCGAACGUCGUUCUACUUUUCGGUCGUUCAUUACCUCUUACCACCAGCGUAG